AUUAGCUCGGAAGCGUGUUGUCGUGUUGCAAGUAACAAUUAGUGAAACGAUGUAGGGAAGGUGGUUUAACAUUCAAUAAUAACGAAAGUGGAUGAUAGUGAUAAUCGGUGAUGGACAGGGCCAAGGCGGUGUGUGGAGCGGUGAACGUCGGGGUAGCGAUGGCUUGUUGAUAUCGAAUCAUGAUGAUCGAUGAUGGCUGUCCGAUAGAUCAUCUCGCCCACUCCACCUCCGCUCUCCAAAUCCGCCUCGCUUGCUACCACUGCUGGCCAUCAACUUCUAGCCUUGACCAAAGGGCCUUCCGUGAAGUUUCUUCAAACUCAACGCGGCAUUUUCCGUUCAAAAUCGCCUCAUCUUUCUUCAUCUUGACGUGCCGCACACCCCUCCGCACUGUGAGGCUCGGAAGGCUCCAGCACCGUACCAACCGCCCGAGACCCAGCUCUCAGAUAAACCCCAGGCACAUUUCAUUGUUUCUAGUUUUGGGAGCUGCAUUACCGCGCUCACCGGUUCUACCAAAAGUGCACGUGCCAAACACUCUCAAGUAGUCGGAGAUGGAUUACAUACCGCCGGACACCUUCGACGCUCCAUCGUCGACCUUGAUCCCGAGGCAAGUAUCGGGCGUGGGAGCCGCAGACUUGGAGAGCUUGAAUGGGAAAGCCGCUGCUAUAGUUCCAUUUGUGAAGGUCGAUGGUAUGUCUCCUGGAAACUUUUCAGCUGAUGUGAUGGAAAUGCGGCUCUUGGGGUUUAAUGGAAUGGCUGCUGAUCUUCUAGAUCCACCCAAAUUCGAACUGGAAUCAUACAUCGCGAACUACACUGGCCGGACCAGAUUCAAUCGCCUGUAUCUAAUAGGCACGUGUUCGACAUACCUUUCCAGCGAAGCGCUUAAGACCGCGGUUGCCGAAGCCAAGUCGAACAAAGAUGUCUCGAGAUAUGAAUGGGCUGUGCGAGCGCUUGCUGAGGUUGCGCCGAAUGAACCCGAGGCUGCUCUCGACAAGGAGUGGAUGGACCGCAUGAACAAGAUUGUCAAGGCUGAGAGCGACCGAUUAGAACACGAGCUUCGAGGCUACAAGAACAAUUUGAUCAAAGAGAGUAUAAGGAUGGGAAAUGAAGAUCUCGGACAACACUACCAUCAAAUCGGCGACCUGGUGGCAGCAUCCAAGGCUUAUUCUCGCAUGAGGGACUAUUGCACCACCCCGAGUCACAUCGCAUCCAUGCUGUUCAAGAUCAUCAAUGUGGCCAUCGAGCGAGGGGACUGGCUCAGCGUUCAGUCGAACGUCCAACGACUACGCAACCUUCAGUCCAAACCGGAAGAACAAGCCAAGAACCAGCCCAAGAUGGCCGCCGCGCUGGGCCUAUCCCAACUUCAUUCCGGCUCCUACCUGGACGCCGCGAACAGCUUCCUCAGCACCCCGCCCACCCUCGGCGACUCGUACAACGAAACGCUCACCUCCAACGACGUCGCCGUCUACGGCGGCCUCUGCGCGCUCGCCUCCAUGGACCGCCACGAGCUCCAGCGCCGCGUCCUCGACAACUCCGCUUUCCGCAACUUCCUCGAACUCGAACCCCACAUCCGCCGCGCCAUCUCGUUCUUCUGCACCUCCAAAUUCCGCCCCUGUCUCGACAUCCUCGAGUCCUACCGCGCCGACUACCUCUUGGACAUCCACCUCCAGCGCCACGUCGACACCUUGUACACGCGCAUCCGCACCAAGUCCAUCCAGCAAUACCUCGUCCCCUUCAGCCGCGUCACCCUCGACUCGAUGGCUCGGAUCUUCGCCCCGAACUCCGGCUCCGGCCAACCCCCCGCCAUAGACCUUCACUCCCCCUUCGUCCAGGAACUGAUCCGCCUCAUCCAGGACGGCACUUUGGACACACGCAUCGACCUGGAGAAAAUGGUCCUGGUCUCCAACGAGGUCGACAAACGCACGGAAGUCCAAGAGGCUAUCUUGAACAAUCUCUCGGAGUUCACCCGCGAAGCGCACAUCCGUCUAUUACGGACGGAAAUCAUCCGCGCGGGCUUGGAGGUCCGGAAUACCGACGACCGGUCGAAGACGGGGCCGCAUGGUCACGGGCAAGGGGGGAAGGGGGCAAAAGGGGGCGCGGGGUUUCUUGAAUUCUUUCAUGGUGGUAAGUAA